AUGAGACUUUGGGUCUCAGUAAUUCUAACAGCUCUGAUAUCUUCCACAUCAGCUAAGUUUAGUAAAUCAUUUUUGGGCCUGGAAAAUGAGGCUUUAAUUGUGACAUGUCCCAGACGAGAAAAAUCUCCAUACCCUGUGGACUGGUAUUACUCAAAAACCAACAAAAGUAUUACUACCCAGAGAGGAAAUCGGAUAGUUGCCUCAGGGAAGUGUCUAAAGUUCCUCCCUGCCAAAGUCAACGACUCCGGAUUUUAUACCUGCAUUGUCAGACGUCCUACCUCCAAUAAGACUGGAUAUGUGAACGUCACCAUUUUUGAAAAGCAAUCAGAUUGCAAUAUUCUAGAUUAUCUGAUAUACUCAACGACAUCUGGAUCAGAAAAAAAGUCCCUAAUAUUUUGUCCUACAAUUGACCGCUACAAUUGGACACAGCCUGUUGAGUGGUUUAAGAACUGUGAAGUUCUCCAAGGACCAAGGUACCUGGCACAUAAGACGUUUUUGCUGAUUCAUGAUGCAACCGACAAGGACACUGGUGAUUAUACAUGUAAAUUUAUGCACAACGAAUAUGGAGUCAAAUAUAUUGUAACAGCAACCAGGUCAUUCACAGUUACUGAGGAGCAGCACUCUUCUUUGCCUCCUGAAAUUAAAGCACCUGCACAAAAUGAAAUAAAGGAAGUGGAAAUUGGAAAACCAACAAACAUAACGUGCUUGGCUUGCUUUGGGAAAGGCCGUCAGGUCAUGGCUGAGGCCUUCUGGUGGGUGAACGGAAGUGAGGUUAAGAACUUUGGUGAAACGAGAAUACAAGUGAUGCAGGAGCGCAUGCAAAGCCUGCUGUUUAAUCCUAGUGGUGAGCUGACUUGCCAAAGAGCUGUUUUAAAAAUCGAGGAGGUCAAAGAAGAGGAUUUGACGUGGAAGUAUGAGUGUCUGGCCAUGAAUUUCCACGGCUUCGUCACGCACACUGUAACACUGUGGAGGAAAAACCCAAUGGAUCAACAAAGUACCUACUACAUGCUUGCAGGAUUUAGCCUGUUAUUAUUACUAAUCAAUGGCUUGGUGAUAAUUCUAAAAGUGUUCUGGAUUGAGAUUAUUCUGUUCUGGAGAGACAUAGCUAGACCUUCCAAAACUAGGAAUGAUGGGAAGAUCUAUGAUGCUUAUGUGAUCUAUCCACGAAGCUGCAAAAACAGUCCAGAGGGAGCCAGCUCUGUGGAAUACUUUGUUCACCAGAUUCUGCCCGAUGUUCUUGAAAAUAAAUAUGGUUACAACUUAUGCAUCUAUGGGAGAGACCUGCUCCCUGGACAAGAUGUAGCCAGCACAGUGGAAACCAGCAUCCGGAUGAGCAGGCGGCACCUCUUCAUCCUCACUCCCGAGAUCGUGCAUAGCAAGGAGUUCACCUACGAGCGGGAGAUCGCCCUGCACAGCACCCUCAUUCAGCAGGACUCCAAGGCCAUCCUCAUUGAAAUGGAGGCUCUGUGCCCGCCUGGCGGCCUGCAGCUUGAGGAGCUUCAGGACUCCCUGAAGCAUCUCAUCAAAGUUCAGGGGACCAUCAAGUGGAGGGAGGACGACGUGGCCAACAAGCGGUCCCUGAAUUCCAAGUUCUGGAAACACGUAAGGUACCACAUGCCACCAGUGCCAAGCCGACUCCCCAGGAAAACUCCAAGCUUGGCAUCCUUGAGUGCCCAGGGGUAA